AUGCGUGAAGUAAUUUCUGUUCAUAUUGGACAAGCUGGAGUUCAAAUAGGAAAUGCUUGUUGGGAACUUUAUUGCUUGGAACAUGGUAUUAGUCCAAAUGGAGAAAUGCCAAGUGAAGCUCAAUCAGGAGCAUUUGAUGAUUCAUUUACAACAUUCUUUUCUGAAACUGGUUCUGGAAGAUAUGUACCAAGAGCACUUAUGAUUGAUUUAGAACCAACAGUAGUUGAUGAAAUUCGUACUGGAACAUAUAGGCAACUUUUUCAUCCAGAUCAAAUGAUAACAGGAAAAGAAGAUGCUGCUAAUAAUUAUGCUCGUGGUCACUAUACAAUUGGAAAAGAAAUCAUUGAUUUGUCGAUUGAUAGAAUAAGACGUGUUGCAGAUAAUUGUACUGGUCUUCAAGGAUUUCUUGUCUUCCAUUCAUUUGGUGGUGGUACCGGAUCUGGUUUUACUUCUCUUCUUAUGGAAAGACUUUCAGUUGAUUUUGGAAAAAAAGCUAAACUUGAAUUUUCUGUAUAUCCAGCACCUCAAGUCUCAACUGCUGUUGUAGAACCAUACAAUUCUGUUUUGACAACUCAUACAACAUUAGAACAUUCAGAUUGUUCAUUUAUGGUUGACAACGAAGCUAUUUAUGAUAUUUGCCGUAGAAACUUAGGUAUUGAACGCCCAUCUUAUCAUAAUCUUAAUAGGCUUAUAUCUCAAAUUGUUUCUUCAAUUACUGCUUCUCUUCGUUUUGAUGGAGCAUUAAAUGUUGAUUUAAAUGAAUUUCAAACUAAUCUUGUACCUUAUCCACGAAUUCAUUUUCCAUUAGCAACAUUUGCACCAGUAAUAUCUGCAGAAAAAGCUUAUCAUGAACAAUUAUCUGUUGCUGAAAUAACUAAUCAAGUUUUUGAACCAGGCAAUCAAAUGGUUAAAUGUGAUCCAAGAAAUGGAAAAUAUAUGGCUUGUUGCUUACUUUAUCGUGGUGAUGUUGUACCUAAAGAUGUUAAUGCUGCUAUCGCUACAAUCAAAACAAAAAGAAAUAUACAAUUUGUAGAUUGGUGUCCAACAGGAUUUAAAGUUGGCAUAAAUUAUCAACCACCAACAGUAGUACCAGGUGGCGAUUUAGCAAAGGUACCACGUGCUGUUUGUAUGUUGUCAAAUACUACAGCUAUAGUUGAAGCUUGGGCCAAUCUCAAUGCUAAAUUUGAUCUCAUGUAUGCUAAAAGAGCUUUUGUUCAUUGGUAUGUUGGAGAAGGAAUGGAAGAAGGAGAAUUUAGCGAAGCAAGAGAAGAUCUUGCUGCACUUGAAAAAGACUAUGAAGAAGUCGGAAUUGAUUCAAAUGAUGCUGGAGAUGAAGGUGAAGAAUAUUGA